AUGUUGGCUAUGUCAUCCGAGGAGAAGUCCAGGUCUUGCAAAAUCUUGAUUUUGGGCUUAAUUGUCUUCUCGAGAUCCGAGGAGAGCAAUACGGGCACGGACGUCACGAUUUUUUCCAUUAGGGUUUUGGAAAAGCCCAAUUCCUUAAAGAAUGAGAGGACAGAAUCGGACAUUUUGGGGUCUCUCAAGCGAGUCAGGGAAGAGGCUACUCGCGAAGCCGCUUCGGGAGAGAAAUGGUACUCGGGGGUAAGGAACGGCUCGGGAUCUAGGUCUGUUUUUAAGGUUUUGAAUGGGGGACCACCUGGAUUUAUCUCUCUGAGUAAUGAGGAGCCGGAGGCUGUCGUGACCGGAGUUUCAGAGGCAAAGGGGCAGAUGAUCGAUUUAGGGCAAAUGAGUAGAGAUGGAGAUGUGAUGCAGGUCGAGACCGAAGUUGGCUUGGGGUUAUCGAAGAACGGGCUUGAAGACGUGAAGCCCAUCUGUAACUAG